GUUGUGUUUUAUUAUUUUCUUUUUUUUUUUAUUUUUAUUUAGGUAAUACUCGAGGUAACAUUAACCCGGCCCAGGGGAUUGUCAUUGCAAACACUCCACCUGGGUAAUUCUUGUCAGACGCGUCCACGUCGCGGGGGUGGGCACCAUCUUAAUUAUUUAUUUUAAUUAUUUCAGGAAUAAGUUUCGAAUUUUUAUUUUCAAAAUCUAUUAAGAUGGUGGCAAAGUUCUGACAAGGACCCUCUCACAUGGGUAUAAACAGUGAAUUUUGCUUAAUUUUACUGAUAAUAUAUUAUUUUAGUAAUAAAAUUACUUCAUUAUAAGUUAAAUAACUUGUAUUUAAUAUAACUGCAUAAACUAUUACAGAUCAUCGAACAACACACUUCAAAUACAGCAGAUACAUAGAUGUUAGGCAACCAACAUAACACACAGUUAGUGAUAUUAAUAAGUACGUACAGCUGUCUGUUCAACAUGGUCCACUCCUCUACUGUCCGAAUGACGUAUGACAGCCAAGAAUUUGGUGAGAUAAAUUAAUAAUUCAAUACCCGCGUAGUUGUGGAGCGAGAGCUGGUGAUGGUGCGCGCUGGAAAGUGAACAUGGUUACUCUCCCAACGGCGUAAACACAAACCAUGCAACCAAGCACAUAGAAAAAACCAGCAGCAAUCAGAUCAAACAUGCUGCAAAUUUAACAUGAUGAAAAAAUGAUUAGAAAAUGCAAUCGCUGCAGAGUCGAUCUGAAUGAUUUUGUGCAUGGCAAGCAACUUGUGGAAACACAGCAAGUGGAGGUUGAUUAACAUGUGAAUAUAUUUAGAUAAACAAUCAGUGCCAUAGAAUAUAUGAUAUGGACGAAAUGCGUACGCCGAUUUUACGCCCGAACAGUCGGCAGAAAUCCAACAUCUUAUCUCGACUGCUGAAGAACAUGACCAGAUGGAGAUUCUUCCCGGCUCGACUCACCUCACAGAAAACGUGUAUUCUAUUAGUUAUUAUUCUCUGUUGCCUGAUUAUUGUAUAUAACUACUAUUAUUUAAAUCAUUCAAGCACCACAUGGCAUACAUAUGGAUUUCAUAGAAGUACAAGACCCACUCCAAUAGUUAAGUGCAACGUGGGAAAUGGUCCACGAUUUCCACAAAAUCACGAACACAAAAUGGAGGGUCGAUUAAGGAGCGAUCCGAAAGUGUUGCUCUUUGUAGAGACAAUGUAUUCGAAACUUGGUAAAGAUAUUGCUGAGUUAUUGGUGUAUACAAGGAUAAAAUAUAAGGAGGAAGUGGCUGGGAAGAGUCUGCCAGUGUUGACGAGUCUAGAUAAGGGUAAAUACGGCGUGAUUGUGUUUGAAAACUUCAACAAGUACCUGCAAAUGGAUAAGUGGAAUCGUGAGCUGCUCGAUAAGUAUUGCAAGGAGUAUAAUGUGGGAGUGAUUGGUUUCAUCACGCAGAAGGAAGAAACGUUUGUCGGCGCUGAGCUGAAAGGAUUUCCGCUGUUUAUUCAUACAAAUUUACAAUUGAAGGAUGCAACACUGAAUGAUGCUUCACAAAUCUUAAGACUGACGCGUCCUGGCGAAACGGUCGAAGGCCCACUGCCUGGCGAUGAUUGGACGAUAUUCCAAUCACAUCACAAUACAUAUGAACCGCUGGAACUGGCGCACAAAUUGGACGAUUUCGAACAGAAUCACUCAUCCAAAAUGCCGUUAACUACUGUCAUGCAAGAUCACGGUCGUUUUGAUGAUAUUCAACGUGUUAUUUUCGGCGCAGGGUUGAAAUUCUGGCUGCACCGGUUGCUUUUUCUUGACUCGCUGAGUUAUCUUAGUCAUGGGCAGCUUAGUUUAUCGCUUGAUCGACAGUUUCUCAUCGAUGUGGAUGAUAUCUUCGUUGGUGAUAAGGGAACACGGCUUAAACCGGAUGAUGUGCGUGCUAUGUUAGCCACACAGCAACGUAUUCAGACAAUGGUGCCGGGUUUCCGGUUUAAUUUGGGUUUCUCUGGAAAGUAUUAUCAACAUGGUGAUGCUGAGGAGGAUAAGGGUGAUGAUCUCAUACUGGAAAACAUUGACAAGUUUUCGUGGUUCAGUCACAUGUGGAAUCAUCAGCAACCGCAUCUCUAUGAAAAUGAAUCGCAGCUAAUUGCAGAUAUGAUUUUGAAUAAAAAUUUCGCCAAAGAAAAAGGUAUUCCUGUGGAUUCUGGAUAUUCUGUGUCACCACAUCACUCUGGUGUGUAUCCUGUGCAUGAAAUUUUGUACAGUGCAUGGAAAAAGGUGUGGAAUAUUCGAGUAACAUCCACUGAAGAAUAUCCGCACUUACGUCCAGCAAGACUUCGUCGAGGUUUUAUUCACCGCAAUGUAAUGUGUUUGCCAAGACAAACGUGCGGUUUGUUCACGCAUACAAUGUUCAUUGAUAGAUACCCGGGUGGUCGGGUCAAACUCGACGAAUCGAUUCAAGGCGGCGAGCUCUUUCAGACAAUAGUUUACAAUCCUAUAAAUAUAUUUAUGACACACAUGUCCAACUACGGCAACGAUCGCUUGGCCUUGUACACGUUCGAAUCGGUAAUCAAAUUUCUGCAGUGCUGGACGAAUAUUAAGUUGACAUCAGCACCGCCGCUGCAAUUGGCGGAAACGUAUUUCAAACUAUAUCCGGAGGAAACUGAUCCCAUCUGGGGCAAUCCCUGUGAUGAUGCGAGACACAAAAAGAUUUGGUCCCGUAACAAGUCCUGCGACUCACUGCCACGUUUUCUCGUCAUUGGCCCGCAGAAAACCGGUACAACAGCAUUAUACACAUUUUUAUCCCUGCAUCCGUCGAUUGCGAGUAAUCUCCCUAGUCCGACAACCUUCGAGGAGAUACAGUUCUUCAACGCGAAUAAUUACUACAAAGGUUUAGAUUGGUAUAUGAAGUAUUUCCCGGUGGAUGCAAAUGCGACGCGGUAUUUGUUCGAGAAGAGCGCGACGUAUUUCGAUGGCGAUUUAGUGCCUAAACGCGUGCACGCCCUGCUGCCGCACACCAAAUUGAUUACGAUACUGAUCUCGCCGGCGAAGCGCGCAUAUUCGUGGUAUCAGCACACGAAAGCGCACGGCGAUACCAUUGCCAAUAACUACAGCUUCCACCAAGUGAUUACCGCCGGCGACACUGCGCCGAAACCGCUACGCGACCUGCGAAACAGGUGCCUUAAUCCUGGCAAAUUUGCACAGCAUUUAGAGCGAUGGUUGAAUUACUUCUCGCCGCAGCAGCUGCACAUCAUUGACGGCGAGAGUUUGAAGUCAAAUCCGGUUGAAGUUAUGGAUGAAGUGCAGAAAUUUCUCAAAAUUGUACCACAGUUAAAUUACACUGAUUUAAUAAGAUACGAAGAAAAGAAGGGAUAUUUCUGUCAAGUUGUCAAAGGCGACAGGACUAAGUGUUUAGGCAAGAGUAAAGGACGAAAUUAUCCACCAAUGGAAGAUAAGUCACUGAAACUGCUGCAGAGACAUUAUCUCAGUCAUAAUACCGCGCUGCUGAAGUUAUUGAAGCGUAUUGGGAUGCAUAACGUGCCACAAUGGUUGCAGGACGAUCUUACCGACACUCCGACAUAGAACAAACAGUAUUUUACAAUGUAUACCAGAGAUUUCAUCAAGUUGCAGUACUUAAUUGUUUAGGAGCAAGUCGAGACACUGAUGCGCGGCAAUUUUUACUUGAGAGCAAUGAUUCAUUUCUUGAAUUGAAUUGAUGAUAAAAUGACAGCCGAUCGUGCAAGUUGAUAGUCAAUAUUUUAUAUGGACGAACAUUAUUCUAAAACAUUUCUAUAUGUGUACAUAUUACGUAUGUAUAGUUGCGGAGCGUCGUUUUCUAAAUGUGAUCAUUUAUUGUAGGUAGGUUUAUUGAGCGAUUCGCACGCGUUUGCAAACUGACAUUCCUUCAAAGAGUAGUGUAUAUUGUGUAUCUAUUUUUCUAUGUGUUUUACAUCAUUUUCAUCAUUUAGGAUACAACAGCUCUAAACUUUGGAUCAUCUUACCAGGAAUGUCAUCUUGUAAAGUUGCGACUUAAAACAAUAUUUUGAUGACUUAUUGAACUGGUUUCCGAGUCAAUCUGAAUGUAUCUAUUAAAUCUAAAUGGAAGCGCUUAAAGUUUAGUUGUUAAGCGAGACGAAAGAUGAAUAUAUUAACGCUGUUAGUAGCUGAGUAGUUGUAGAGGUAGUGCAGAACGAAGCAAGAAACAUUUCUACGUGAAAAUCUAAACUUAAAUUUAACGUAUCGCCCAACAAUAGUUCGUUUACUUUCUGGGUCCAAACUGUUUACCUGUAACCACGGUGUUGUAACAUAUCACAUCGGUUCGUUUAUUAUUGUGACGUUCCUGAAUGCAAUAACAAUGUGAAUAAAGCAGUGCAGAAACUGCCUCAGUGUGCAAUAGCUAAUCAUUGUUCAAGAUGAAGUUGUAAUAAUGCUUAAACUAGACGAAGAAGGGAACGGAAAGUGCACUGGCCAUACACAGAUAUUUGUGCAUAUCUUCUACUACGUAAUAAUAGGGACUGACUGUUUACUGAUUGCGGAUGAUGAACUACAUGUUUGAUUAAGAUUACUUGUAGCACGUGCCAUACGAGAUGAGUUUAUUGAGUGGAGGAAGCAAUAACGGCAGGAUUUUUGAAUUGUGGCUAAAUAGUUUUUGUUGAUAAUCGAUGUUACGCUCAGAGAUAAGAGAGAGAGAAUGAUGAAUAUCAUUGAUUGUAAUUGUUGAAUCACAAAAAGACAAUAAAAUAUUAACUUCA